CCGGAGCCCAUAGAUAGAACCGACACAGAGAUUGGAGCGGAAUCAGGAUUUUGCGGAGGAGUGCGAAGAAUCCAAAGAUUAGGGUUUUUGUUUCCCAAUUUGUACGGCGCUUUCUUUUCUUAUUUUUACCCGUUUGGAUAGCGAGAAAAUGGGGGAAUCCGCUUGUCUUCGGAGAUCCUUCUCUCAACCCGCUGGGAUUUGUUCGCGCGAAACCGAAGAGGGAGAUCCUGUUCGUGCCCUGACAGAAUCCGUAUCCUUCGGUAGAUUUAUGUCAGAAUCUCUGGCAUGGGAGAAAUGGUCCACCUUCUCUCACAAUCGUUACUUGGAAGAGGUUGAGAAGUUCGCCAAACCAGGAUCUGUUGCACAGAAGAAAGCGUUUUUUGAAGAACACUACAAGAAACGAGCUGCUAUGAAAGCGGCAAAGCUUGAAGAAGCCAAUGUUGCAUCUCAUAAAGUCUCAGGACAUGGAAAUGCAGGAGGAAGCCAGACAGAUGAUCCAAUUGAUUCACAAGUACAGGUGACGGUAACUACCAGUAUGGUCGUCGAUGAAAUAAGACAGGAAGAGAUCUGCAAUAUCACAGAAGAUCUUGUAGUCGAUGUGAAUUCUGGUACUUGUAUUUCCGAAGUGGAAGUUAAGACUGAUGUUGAAGCUGGUGAAGUGACGGAUAAAUCAAUGGAGAAUCUUGAGCUGCCCGAAGCUACGGAAAGCCACUUUGAGGUUGCUGUUCCUGACGGCAAGGUGUUUAAUGAGGGGAAUCCUGCUUCUUCAACCAAAGAGAAGCGAACGAGUUCUUCUUCUGGAUCAAAGGCCUCCGGCAGAAGACCAAGACUGACACCCUCUUAUGCUAGAGAACUGGAUUCUUCACACGAGAGAUCUGAAAAAGGCACAAACUCAAACAGAAAGAAGUCUAUAAGCGCGACAAAGAAACAGAAGAUAUCGACUCUUGAAUCCAACAAGGGAUUGCUUCAGAUGCCCCAACAGAGUUCUAGAAGCAGUACCAGUGCCAAUGUUACAGUAGAAGUGGACAAGAAGAGAACAGUUCUGAAUUCAGUUCACAUGUCCAUCAAAUAUGUUUCUCCUCGUCAAAUGAGCAAAACCGAACCAAAAUUUUCAGUAAGAAGCUCAACUGUGCGAGAAGCAGCUUCUCCCAAUUCUAAAGCCACUCCUAGAAGCAGUUCAAGAACUAAAGCUACAGGAGAAGUGGAUAACAAGAAGAGAUUGCGCCCAAGUUCAGCUCACAUGUCAAUCAACUUUGCUUCUUCUCUUCAUCAAAAAGUUCCAAUAAAAAGCUCAACUAGACGAGAAACGACUUCUACCACUCCUAAAGCUGCAGGAGAAGCAGUCAAGAAGAAGAUGUCAGUUUCAAGUUCAGUUCACAUGUCAGAAUUUGCUUCUUCUCCUUGUCAAACGAGCAAAACAGGAAAGAAAAUUCCAAUAAGAAGCUCUACUACACAAGAAGCAAAUUCAUCCAAGGCUGGAAAAAAUGUUCUUCCCAAGGGUGGUAAGGCAUGGGUGGAUGUCCCUGGAAGUCAAAAGACACCAUUAACAUGUUCCUUUCGUAGGCCGAUUAGUACUAGAACUGAUGUUGGUGGUACCGCUAAGGGCUCUCCCAGAACGGCCAAAAAUGACUUAGAUACUGCAAAAUGUUCAGCCAGAGCAUCUACGAUCAGGUUACCAAAACUUCCUCUCAAGAAUCACCUCUCUGAAGACAAUAGGAAAGAUACUAUUGUAGGCAGUUCGAUUUCAGUCAGAAUACCCACAAAUGAGCAGAUGGAGUCUUCUGUCAACCAGGGAAAGCUUUCAACCCCUCGUGGAACCAAGGCAAGAGCUUGCACGAUAUCCUCACCUUUCAGAUUCCGGAGUGAUGAAAGAGUAGAAAAGAGGAAAGAGUUCUUCAAGAAACUGGAAGAGAGGAGCAAGAAUGAGGCGGCUGCAACAGAUCAAUUGCCCUCUAGCUCAAAGAUGCCCCUGACAGGACUGGUCUCACCGAGACGAAGCCUACGCUCGAAAAACAAUGGAAAUUCUCAUCGGCCUCCCAUGAAAACUUCUUCAGUAAUCACCGCCGCGGGUAAGGAGAAUGCAGCGGCCGGAGCGAAGAAAAGAAGCAUCAAGAUUCACAUGGAGAAUCUUUCUCCUAAUAUCCAACAAUGACUUGUGCAAGAAUCACUCUACGGUUUCUGUCUGAAGUAGAAAGUUUUGUCAUGGCGCCGAUUUCCUCGAAUUCAUCAUCUAUAUGUAGCCCCUGUGGUUCUAUAGAUGUAAAUUGUAUAUAUAUCUCUCUAUAUAUAUAUGUGCGCGCGUGUGUGUUAUGCAUAUUCUUUGCCCUGUGUUAUAAGCUUCAGAAUCGCGUGUUUCUAAUCUU